AUGGCAAGACGACAUCAAGACAUUGUGGGCGGCGUCCUUGCUGGCGCCGUAAUUUGCUAUCUUUUUCAAAAAUGGAUAGCAUCCAAAACUUCAUUCAGGUCACAAGAAACGAAUUUAAAGGAGGAUAUUGUUGAGGGCGUGGAAGGACUUAUUGGAAAUACCAAACUCGUGAAAAUCAAGUCCCUGUCCGAAGCAACCGGUUGCGAAAUCUUAGCCAAGGCCGAAUUCCUCAACCCAGGAAACUCUCCCAAGGAUCGUGUCGCCCUUGAAAUGAUGUUAAGUGCCCAGGACAAGGGUGAACUCACUCCCCACGAAAACGACGUUGUCUAUGAAGGAACCGCUGGAUCCACGGGGAUCUCUCUCGCUAUGCUUUGUUGUUCUCUUGGAUACAAAUGCCACAUCUUUAUGCCAAGCGAUCAAUCCAAGGAAAAAAGUGACGUCUUGGAGUUGCUGGGUGCCCAUGUUCAGCGUGUUCCCCCAGCUCCUAUCGUCGACCGUAAUCAUUUCGUGAACGCUGCACACGACCAUGCUCUUCAACACACAAAGGACAAUUCUAUUCCCGGAAAAGGCUACUUUUCCAACCAGUUUGAAAACCCUGCAAACUGGCAAGCACACUAUAAAACCACCGGCCCAGAAAUCUGGCGUCAAUGUGGAGGAAAAUUGGAUGCAUUUGUGGCUGGCUCUGGCACAGGAGGAACUAUGGGUGGUAUCGCAAAGUACCUAAAAUCCGAAUCGCCUUCCAUAAAAAUCUGUCUGGCUGAUCCCCCGGGAAGCGGUCUUUAUCACAAAGUCCUUCACGGCGUUAUGUUUGACUUGGCAGAACGGGAGGGAACUCGCCGUCGUCACCAAAUUGACACCAUUGUUGAAGGCGUCGGUAUUAAUCGCAUGACCCGCAACUUUUCUAUUGCCAAACCUCACAUCGAUUAUGCGUAUCGGGUCUCAGACGGACAAGCGGUUGCUAUGUCGCGAUACUUGAUUGUUAAUGACGGGCUUUUUGUUGGUAGUUCUUCUGCUAUAAACUGCGUCGCUGCAGUACGUCUUGCCAAACAACUUGGUCCCGGUCAUCGUAUUGUCACUCUUCUCUGUGAUCCUGGAAAUCGCCAUUUUUCCAAACUUUACAAUUCCGAAUUUCUCAAAAAGAGAAAUUUGGAUGCAUCUCUUCCCACUUCUCUGGAUUUUGUUAACCCUUAA